UGCCGUUGCGGCGACGGAGCCAUUGACGGUCCACCGCAAUGGCGGCGGGCGCGCCCGAUCCUCAGUCGCGAUUUGGCCAGUCGGUGAAGGGGCUGCUCACCGAGAAGGUGAAUGCUUGCGGUACCGACGUUAUCGCUCUCACCAAGCAGGUGCUGAAGGGCUCACGGAGCUCUGAGCUGCUGGGUCAGGCAGCUCGAAACAUGGUAUUGCAGGAAGAUGCCAUCUUGCACUCAGAAGAUAGUUUAAGGAAAAUGGCGAUUAUAACAACUCAUCUUCAGUAUCAGCAGGAAGCUAUUCAGAAGAAUGUUGAGCUGUCUUCAAAUCUACAGGACCAGCUGAGGCAUUUGCUGAAAUGAAAUGGCAUCUUAAAGGCCCAAAAGCACAUUUCUCAAAGCUGAGGGGGAGAUAGGGCUCACAUCCCCAUCUUCUGUUCCAGCAUUUCAAUUAGGAGAGAAUUGUGAUGGCCUGCAGCUUCUUGUAGAAUAUAGGGUUUUCUUUCUGUAUGUAAAGACAUAAUUUAAGACAAGAUACAGAUUAUAUGGAUCAACUCAGAAGUACCAUUUGAUUGUAUGCAGACAAACCUGUUCCCUCUCACCUACUUCCUGUUCUUCACCUACUCUGACUUAGUUUUAAUUAAAGCAGAAUUAAAAGAAA